AUGGAACACAACGCUCCCUUCGCUGGCGUUCCCGCUAAUGGCGGCCCUGCCCCGAACCAAAACCCCUUCGCCAACGGCACGCCUCCUGCUAACGACAUGGGUGCGGUCCCCCCUCCCGCUGGUGGAGCUUCCCCGGACUCCCCGAAGACGACCCUCUGGAUGGGCGAAUUGGAACCCUGGAUGGACGAGAACUUCAUCAAGGGCGUUUUCCUGUCUUCUGCCGCUGAGGCCGUGAAUGUCAAGGUCAUUCGAGACAAGAACUCUGGUAAUGCCGGCUACUGUUUUGUCGAAUUCCCUACUCCCGACUCCGCCAACAAGGCCCUGGCGCUCAAUGGCACGCCGGUUCCUAACAGCUCCCGCCAAUUCAAGCUGAACUGGGCGUCAGGUGGUGGCCUUGUUGACCGACGGGAGGACCGUGGUCCUGAGUAUUCCAUCUUCGUCGGAGAUCUUGGCCCCGAAGUCAACGAGUACGUCCUGGUCUCGCUUUUCCAGGCUCGUUUCCCUUCUUGCAAGAGCGCCAAGAUCAUGACGGAUGCCAUGUCUGGCCAGAGCCGUGGUUACGGUUUCGUUCGUUUUUCUGAUGAGAACGACCAGCAGCGUGCUCUUGUCGAGAUGCAGGGUGUUUACUGUGGCAACCGCCCCAUGCGUAUCUCGACUGCCACUCCCAAGAACCGCAACAACCACCACGGGUUCGCGCAUGGUCAUCACGGUGGCAACCCCAUGAUGGGCGGUGGUAUGCCCCAGCCCCAGAUGUGGAACGGCGGUAUGCAGCAGGGCUUCGGCGGCUACAGCAACUAUAACCCAAGCACCCAGAUGAACCAGUUCACUGACCCCAACAACACCACUGUCUUCGUUGGUGGUCUCUCUGGUUAUGUCACCGAGGAUGAGCUCCGCUCUUUCUUCCAAGGAUUUGGCGAAAUAACAUACGUCAAGAUCCCCCCUGGAAAGGGCUGCGGCUUCGUUCAGUUUGUCCACCGCCACGCUGCUGAGAUGGCCAUCAACCAGAUGCAGGGCUACCCCAUUGGUAACUCGCGCGUUCGUCUCAGCUGGGGGCGAAGCCAGAACAACUCUGGAGUCGGCACUCCUUACCGACCUGCUCCUCCCCCACCUCACUAUCUCGGCAUGCCCAGCCACGGCCCUGGCCCAUACGGUGGUGGUCCUCACUACCCUGGCCCCCAGGGUCCAGGCCCUCAGUAA